AUGCGUAAUAGCCAGUCAUUAAUGUUAUGCGGACUCGAGCAGGAAAAAGAUCAAGAAACGCCGUUCUUACUGUAUUCGGAAACAGAGUUGCCCCUACGGACUCUCUUCGCGUCGAAUAAUGAAUUUGCAAUGACGCACAAAAUACAAUAUACGCAUGGCGAAACUUUGAAUGGAAAAGGACACGAAGCUGCAAAAGAAGUACUUCUUCUGCGUGCCAGUCGAUCGACCAAGCCUGCCUGCCAUAUUGCCGAUGAGAGGGCAUCUAGGAAGAACUCCCGCGGCAAGGACGGAGUGGGUGCAGCCACGCAUCCGUUCCUAGCGAAGAGAGGAAGAUGUUCACCGCCUCGUUGCACAUCAGUUGCUUCAUUGCCAAGUCGAAUGUGCUUCGGUCAUCCACCGCGUUUGAGAUUAGGCAAACAGAGUGCAAGUUCGGAUACGAGCUGCUAUUUACGGGAUGGCUCCCACGCGUUGGACAGAGUUGAGCAGACGCGGCCGCUCGGGGUUAGAAUGCUCCGUUCUUACGUGCCCCGUGCUGAGCAAGUGGCGACGUGCAGUGAUGAGCAGCAUAUAAGUUGGUUAAACAUGAAGCAAAAAAAUGCCGGGAUGCGGCUAGUAUGA